AUGGGCAGACAGAGCUCCAAGGUUCCCAGGAGUGACCUGACCGCCAAGGAGGCAGCAGAUGCAUCCCCCUCCAAAGCUGACAGACAGGGGAAUGGCCACGUGAAAAGCAAUGGAGAUUAUCCCUGCAAAGAUGAAGGGGACCCAACUCCAAAGAAGGGAACAGAGGAGGCAGCCGGGGCCACUGGCGAUGCCAUCGAGCCAGCACCCCCUAGGCAGGGAGCUGAGGCCAAGGGGGCAAGGGGUACCCCCAUGGAGACCGCCAAGAAGAGGAAGGAUUUCUCUUUCAAGAAGCCUUUCAAAUUGAGUGGCCUGUCCUCAAGAGAAAUUGGAAGGAGGGUGGAGGUGAUUUGUCUGCCUCCUCACCCGCAGAGGCAGAGCAGGAACAGGGGGAGAUGGUUCCCUGCAGCAAGGAAGGCACUGCCCAGGAAGGGAAGGCUGUUGCCACUCCUCAGAGCCAGGAGCACCAGGCCAAAGGGGCAGAGGCCAGUGCUACCUCCAAGGGAGGAGGCACAGAAGAGGCCGGGCCCGAGGUCGCAGAGCCACCCACUCUCUCGGGGUCAGAGGGUGGCCCCACACCAGCAAGCGAGCAGAAUGAGUAG